AUGCCCCCAAAGGACAAGGCGAAGCAGGAUCUGCUCAUCGACUUCGACGAUGACGACGAAUGGCAGGACAUGCCGGUCCUCAAGCCCGACGACCCAUUCUUGAAUCUCGACGAAGAGGACCAGAAGAAGUUCCAUUACAUUGCGCCUUCGAAGUCAUCAGCGCCGAAACAAAUUGGCAAUGCUACGGGAAAUCUUAUCGACUUCGAUGAUGAAGGCGUUGAAUGGCGGUCGAAACUCGACAAGGGACAAGAAGAGACGUAUACCCGACUGCGGCUGGACGAAGAUAACGACAAUGACGAAGUCCACAUGCAAACGAAGUAUCUAUUCAAUGAGGAUAAAGCCAUGACUCCGUUGAGUCAAAUGCAAGCAACAAAAGAGCUCUUGACCGAGUCUCAGAGGAUCGCAUAUGUCGGUUUAUGCUCACUUGCUGCGCGGGAAAUGAUCGAGGGGCUCAAGAAGAUGCCAGCUCGAGAGAUUCAGAAGGCGAUUCAGAGCGCGGAGAACUGGUCGCUUAAGAUUAUGGGACGUCUAUAUCAUCACAUGGAGCUAGAGACUGCAGAACAGAAGAUGAUCGAGAGCCUAGCAGAGCAUGGUGUAACUGCCGCCGAUCUAGCACCUGCACUAAUGACCACGCAUACUGUCAAAAAUCCAGACUACGACCCGAUCGAAGCGCGGCGAAAGAAGGAAGCCGAGGCCAUGGAGGAGGAGAAUCAGCAAGUGAUCCUGCAGUCUCCGUUACCCGGAAGAUUAUCUCCAACUAGCUCGGAUGUUUUCAAUCCGUUUGUCGAUGCACCAACGACUGGCAGCUCGUUACCGCCUGCUCCUCACUCUGAAGAGUUCGGCGGCGACGCUCAUGACGUUCUCACACCUCGACCGGGUGACACUCUGUUUGGCAACAUCCAGCCAGUUCUUCCAGCUGCCGAUCCAGGCUUAACUACGCUGGAGGGUACAUCAACAAAUGUAUUAUCGACAGACGAGAACAUGACGCUCGACAUUCGAUGGACAGUCUUGUGCGACUUAUUUCUUGCCGUCAUCGCUGACAGCGUAUACGAUGCGCGCUCACGCGUCCUACUGGAAACAGUCGCUGUCAAGUUAGGCUUAGGCUGGCUUGACGUGGUUCGUUUUGAGAAGCGCAUUACGGAGGCGCUGGAAAUAGAGGAAAAUGUUGAGAAACUGGAGAACGACGACGUGCUGCAGACACGCAAGAAGGCGGCAAUGAAGAAACGAUUGCUUAUGAUGGGCUUAGCAACUUUGGGUGGCGGUUUGGUGAUAGGAUUAAGUGCUGGAUUGCUCGCGCCGGUCAUUGGCGCCGGCUUAGGUGCUGCUUUCACAACGAUCGGUGUAGGCGGAACGGCCGCAUUCCUUGGUGGGACGGCUGGAGCAGCUGCCAUCACGACUGGUGGUGUGUUGACCGGCUCAGGGAUCGCAUUGAAGGGCAUGGCAAGGCGUACGACGAGCGUCAAGACGUUCAACCUUCUGCCGCUCCAUAAUCAUCGACGAGUGAACUGUAUUAUUACUAUCCCUGGGUUCAUGGCAUCCUUGGAAGACGAUGUUCGCUUGCCGUUCAGUGUCCUAGAUCCGGUCGUCGGCGAUGUAUUCAGCAUAUUUUGGGAACCACAGAUGAUGCAGGAGACCGGAAAUGCGCUCAGAAUUCUCACGACCGAGGUUUUAACGCAGGUGGGACAGACGGUGCUUCAAGCUACGGUUAUGACAGGUCUGAUGAGCGCCCUGACGUGGCCUCUGAUUCUCACAAAGCUCGGAUAUCUGAUCGACAAUCCAUGGUCAAACGCGCUGGAUCGCUCUGUCGCCGCUGGGCUCAUUUUGGCCGAUGUUCUCCGGAAACGCGCUCUUGGCGUACGACCAGUGACCCUCAUCGGCUUCUCCUUGGGUGCUCGAGUCAUCUUCUAUGCUCUUGUUGAGCUAGCAAAACAAAGAGCCUACGGCAUUGUGCAAGAUGUAGUAAUGUUAGGCGGUGCCAUCACUGCCUCGACGAAGACAUGGCACGCAGUCCGAAGCGUAACCGCCGGUCGCUUAAUAAAUGGAUAUGCUCGAAACGAUUGGGUCCUGAACUACCUUUUCCGUGCUUCUGUUGGCGGCUUAUACACCGUCGCUGGCCUGCGGCCAAUCGAGGAUGUUCCAGGAAUUGAGAACGUGGAUGUAACAGACAAGAUUGCUGGUCACGCUAGCUACCGGGUCUACAUGCCAGUCAUCUUGCACCAGCUAGGGUUUCCGGUUACAGCGGAUUACUUUGAUGAGCCGGAGGUAUGUCAUGUUCGGCUGCACUAG